AUGUUGUUCGAGAUAGCACCCAUCCCCAACCUGCUUGUACUAGCAGUCCCCUUCGCCGUCAUCGUCUUCUUGAUCCAAUUCAUCCGGAAAGCAGCAUUCCGCAGAAAAGGACCGAAAGUCCCGCCUGGUCCGCCUGGCAGUGAUCAUGCGAAGUACCUGCAAACUGAUCGCUGGAAUGUGUUCAAGGCGUGGAAUGAGAAAUAUGUACUCGGGACUAUGGAGGGAGCUAUAGACCUCCUCGAAAAAGCUGGCGAGACCUUCUCCAGUCGUCCUGACUUCGUCAUGGGCGAAUUCCUCUUCUCUCGACUCCGAGGAUUUUCCAUGGAAUAUGGCCAGAAUUGGCGGAAUUGGCGCACGAUUCACAACUCGCAUUUCAGCGCCAAGGCAUCACCAGCGGCGAAGCCGAUGCAGGAGAACGAGUCGGCAUUACUGAUCAAGGACCUCUUCGAGAACAAGGCGGAAGACGGGAUUUUGGACCGCAAACACAAGAUUCUGAGAAGGCACAUGGCGUCCACGAUGUUCCAGAUGGCGUAUGGACGGAGGGUUACUUCUCUGGAGGAUCCGCUAGUUACGGAGCAUGAUGAGGUUGAAGAGUAUAUUGAAAGAACCACCAGUGGCCUCAACUACUAUGGCUCCCAACUCUACAUGACCGUAUUGAACGACGUCAAGAAGCGAAUGCAAGAGGGCACGCAAGUACCAUGCACAACCCAAUGGGCUCUCGAACGACAAAGGGAAUUAGGGUUUGAUGACCUGGAACUGUCUUAUGCGCUAUCUUCUCCGUGGGCUGCAGGCAUUGGAACCGUGACUACUGCAAUCGAGAUUGCUAUGCUCGCCAUCUUGCACUACCCAGAAGCCUACACGAAAGUCAAUGAGGAAAUGGAGAGAAUGGUAGGAUGCGACCGUAUGCCUACUUUUGCAGACCAGAAAAACCUGCCUUAUUUAGAGGCUUUCAUCAAAUGCAUUUCAAUGCAGAUGGCGCCUCGUGACACCAACAGUCAUUGCGCACUCUUCGAUCCAGGAUUAUACGUACAAAGGCAUGUUCAUCCCGAAGGGCACGGCGAUAUAUCCUAAUGGCACCAUGAUGAUGAGAGAUCCAGCGGUAUUCCCCGAUGGUAAUGCUUUCAAGCCGGAGAGAUUCCUGAAUGUCGCAGAUCCAAGACUGCAGACGUACAAGUUCGGCGUGUUUGGGUUUGGGAGAAGAAUUUGCCCGGGGAUGUAUGUUGCGCUGCAGUCACUUUACAUUGCUUUGGCACGCAUGCUCUGGGCAUUCGAAGUCCUUCCCGUCAUCGAAAAUGGCAAACCCUAUAUCCCCAACGCCGACGACUUCAGCUACGGUCUUGUUAGCUACCCUGCGGCGCUGAAAUACAGACUUGUUGCGCGGAGCGAGAAGCACAGGGAGAUUUCUAUGAGGGAAGCAGAGCUGGCGGAAGAGAGGAUGUCAGAGUUGCCGGGCUCGAAUUGAGAGAAGGGAAGGAGAUAGAGGAGGGAAUAAAUCGAGUAACUCCAUCCAGCAUCUGAUUAAA